AGAUGCUGGGAUGUCACCGUGAGCAGACGCGAUACAGCGUGCGAAUACGUGCAUGUGUGAGUGUGUGUGUGUGUUUGUACGGAAGCGCUGACUCUGAAUGCGUGUUGCAGGCGUCUGGGGAUCGGGGGCAGCCGUAGAAGCGGUAAUUGUGAGCCAGACGGAUGGGUAACGUCCCUGCUGCGCUGAAACAUUGCCUGAGCUACGAGCAACUAACCCGGGAUUACCCAUGGCUGGCUGCCUGGCUACAGAGGGAGAAGGUAAGAGGGGCCUUCAUUUUCCCAGCAGACUCUAGGAAUGCAAUAACUGAUCUUCCCAAGUUUGUUAAAAUCGUUGAAGUGGGGCCAAGAGAUGGACUGCAGAAUGAAAAGGAAAUUGUUCCGACGGAUGUCAAGAUCCAGUUUAUAGACUUGCUCUCGAAAACGGGCCUGCCUGCGAUCGAGGCCACCAGCUUUGUCUCUUCAAAGUGGGUGCCACAGAUGGCUGAUCACACAGAUGUUCUUCAAGGAAUUCACAGAGCACCGCAAGUUAAAUAUCCAGUUUUGACACCUAAUUUGCGAGGCUUUCGGACUGCCAUUGCAGCAGGUGCCACCGAGGUGGCUGUUUUUGGUUCGGCCUCCGAAACCUUCAGCCGAAAGAAUAUCAACUGCUCCAUCGAGGAGAGCAUGCAAAGGUUCGAGGAAGUAGUCCGAGCAGCUAAGGAGCUACAAAUACCAGUGCGGGGGUAUGUUUCCUGCGUGUUAGGAUGCCCAUACGAAGGAGACAUAGAACCAUCUAAAGUGACAAAGGUGGUGAAAACACUGUAUGGGAUGGGCUGCUAUGAGAUCUCCCUGGGGGACACCAUUGGAGUGGGCACCCCGGGCUCUAUGGCCAGACUACUGGACAGCGUGAAGAAGGAGGUUCCCAUGAGCACCCUGGCUGUUCACUGCCAUGAUACCUACGGCCAGGCGCUUGCCAACAUCCUCGUUGCCCUACAGAUGGGGGUCUCGGUGGUGGACUCCUCGGUGGCUGGCCUGGGGGGCUGUCCUUACGCCAAGGGGGCGUCGGGAAACGUGUCCACGGAGGAUGUCCUCUACAUGCUUCACGGCCUGGGCGUUGAAACCGGAGUGGAUCUUUCCAAAGUGAUGGAAGCUGGAGACUUCAUCUGCAAAGCGCUGAACCGGAAGACCAACUCCAAAGUGGCCCAGGCCAAGUGCAGGUUGUAGGUGUUCUCCAAGUCAUCCCUGCAGGAGAUGCUACGUGUCCAGAACGUGCUGCCCUGUCCCCUGAUGCUGCUUUUUGCCCUUUACGAUGCAAUGUCCUUAUUGUGACCUCUAUGCUGCAUAACAUGUAAAAGCAUAAAUGUGAAUGGUACCAGUGUGCAGUGUAGCAUAUGUAGAGUAGGCAGCUCUGGCUUUUGUUCCAACCAAAGAUGUCCCGCCGGAUCGAGGUGGCACGAUUCCUCAAUGGCGAAGGGUAUUUCUUGGGGUGCCGGGGGUUGAGGGGGCUACUGGUUAUUCAUUUCCUGCACAAUGUGUUUGCAAUUAAACGGGGGACCUUCGGGAGGGGGCGCUCACUGGUCGGGUGGUGGGGGGGUGACCCAGGCUUUCAGACCAGCAAGGGCAGAUCAUUAUCUCCCACCAAAAUGUAUUUUCAUUUCCUGAUUUCCUGAGCUCUCCGCAGGCACACUGAGCCCACUGUCCACAUGGCGCGCGGCUUUCGCCUCCUCUCCGUCACACGCACACGGGGACGCUCCGUCACGCUCCGUCCGCAGCGCGCGUUCCGUUACUGUUGCCUUCCCUCGCAACGUCAUUAAGAGUAACUUCCUCGCACCAUUGCUGAAGGUUUUCCCAGGCACCUACCAGCUCUUCACAUCCUGGCUAUGAAAAACAUGAUCCAUGGUGGCCAAAGGAAAUCCAAGUGCGUAUGAGAGUAUUAGGAAAUGUAUUACUUUAACCAACUCUACUAUCACUGAUGCCUUAGAAAACAUGACUAUCCUCUAUAAUAUUACAUUCUGUUCUCAAAAGGCCAAUUAUGAAUCAGACUUUAUCACCAGGACUGGUACGCCAGCCUCUCAAUCAUCCAGAA